ACCCCCGUCCCUUCCCCUCCCUCCCCUCCCACAAUUCCCAAGAAGGAAAACCCCAGCGAUCGUGCCUGGCCGGCGGCGAUCACCGGACAUGAAGCGCAAAAACCCAAAAUUCUGGGGAAGCUUCAGCGGAGGAGUAGGCCAGGGGUGGAAGGCGAAAAGGGCGAGGCCUGACGGCGGCUCGCGCGGCGGGGGAGCGCCCGUGGUCAGGUGGUCACACGCGGAGGCCAUGAAGAAGAGGUCCUCCGGUGGAGGCGACGCUGUCGUCGGCGUCGCUGGUGGUGGAGGAGGGCCGUCGAGGGGGAUCCUGGGUCCUGGAAAGGCGCCGGGGCUUGGUAGCCUGAGCUGCGGGAGCAGAGGAGGGUUUUGGACGAGCUGGUCGGAGGCGGCGAAGGAGCCGCGUACGUCCGCCGGCGGGGGGAAGAGAGCGCAGGUCUGGGACUGGCCGGAGCCAGAAGCGAAAAGGGCGAAGCCUCGCGGCGACGGGGAAGGAGACGCGGGAGGCGAUGAGGAGGUGGCGGCGUACGAGUGGAGGUGGACGGAGGCGGUGAGCCCGGAGAUCCUGGCGCUGGUGCUCCGCGGGCGGGUCGCCGCGGACGACGUGGCCCGCGGCGCGGCGCAAGUUUGCAGGGCGUGGAGGCAGGCCGCGGCGUCGCCGGACAUGUGGGGGGACGUGGACAUCGAGGCCUGGUGCCGCCGCGUCAACUGCCGCGCCAGGGCCGACGCCGCCGUGCGCCAACUCGUCGCCCGUGCGCAGGGCACGCUUCGGAGGCUCUCUGCCUACCGCGUCGGGGACGCCGCGCUCACCUAUGUCGCAGCCUCGGGGAAGUUGCUCAAUGUCCUCCGGAUCCCAAUGAGCGAGAUCACUGAUCAAGCCGUGGAGAAGCAUGCAGAAUGCUUUCCUGCACUUAAAGUGCUGGACAUCAGUAACUGCCUGAAUAUCACUCCCAAAGGAAUCCAGGCACUAGGCCGGCACUGCAAGUUGCUCGUUCAGCUGAAGAGGAACAUGCCCCCUCCAGACCUUCCUCAAGGUUUCAACACCGCAGCUAAUAAGGUGGUUGAAGAAGAGGCACUGGCAGUCGCGAACACCAUGCCGAUGCUAGAGCAGCUUGAGCUUGCCUAUGGCCUGUUCAGUGACCUUGCGCUCAACGCCAUUCUUACCAAGUGUCAGCUGCUGCGGACCCUGGACAUACUUGGCUGCUGGAAUGUCAGGCUUGAAGGCGACAUCGAGGAGAGGUGUUGUGCACUCGAGUCAUUCAGGGAGCCAUGGGAGCCUGAGUAUGGUACUGACUCAAGCAGUGGAGGUGACUACGAGUUCGAUGAUACUGAUAGUGAUGACUGACAGAGUUCUGUUCAGAACUUCAAUGGGGCUUGAAGCUGUGAUCAAUUCAGGUUUCGCUUGAUGAUUCUGAGGUAGUUUAAGUAUUGUAGUUUGAUGCCCACCGGCAUGUCUAUCCUUCAUGGCCAUUGCUAAUUACUAAUUAGUAACCUACAUUAUAGUUACUCUGCUUAUGCUUAUGCAGAGAAGUAAAUAAGGUAUAGUUAAGAGUAGAAGAGUACUAAAAUAUAGGGGUACUCGAGAAAAUAAAGGUGGUUGCUGACAUGAGACAAUUUCUGAAUGCUCUUGUGGUAGCUUUUGUCAUCUGAAACAUCUAUUCAAAUACUUAUAUUUCGCCGGAUUGAAACUAGAGAAAUUGAUGACACUGUCUACUGAAUUCUGUUAUUGGCUUACUA